AUGCUGUCGCAGGAUGCCGCUGCUCACAAGGCAUGCGACGAGCGCGGACUCGCUGCCUCCUCCUCCUCCUCCUCCCUGUCGUCUUGUGUGAAUGAGGAGACACAUGGGGAGGGAGACUGCGGAGUGUUUGCGUGUGGGCAGAACAGGAAGGGCGAGCUAGGGCACUCAACUUUCAGAGAGCAAGUCGAAAUGUCCUUGGUUCAGUCGCUGAGGAGGAAGCGGAUCGUGAAGGUAGCUGCUGGGAGUGAGACGUCGUACUUCCUGACGGAAGAGGGCAAGGUCUACUGCUGCGGGUUGAACUCAACGGGGCAGUUAGCGAGAGAAACACAUCAAGGGUCGGCCAACAGGUCCAAGGAGUACAGCAGCGACAUCGAGCUCAUGGAGGGGCUACCGCCCGACUGCAAGGUAGUGCAGGUCAGCUGCUUCAACGGGGCAGAGCACGUGCUGGUAGUCACGUCAGCAGGACAAGUCUACUCGUGUGGGUGCAACAACCACGGUCAGCUAGGACUUGGGUCUACCAAGAUGUCCCCCUCCCUCCUUCUCGUAGAGUCCCUCAAGCACGUCCGCGUCCUCUCGGCGUCUUGCAGCUAUCACCACUCCGUCGUCGUCUCCUCCGACGGCUCUGCCUUCUCCUUCGGACUCAACGACUGCGGGCAGCUAGGCAUCGGCACCAGACCCAACCAGCUGCUGCCGCACAGGGUUGAACUCCCCUCUCCUCAUCUCGUCCGCCUUGCCGCAUGCGGUCAGUACCACACGAUCUUCCUGACGGAGGAAGGGAUGGUCUUCUCCUGCGGCAAGAAUCUCAACGGUCAGCUCGGUCUCGGGAGCAGGUCGUCCACCAACGUCCCCACCCUCAUCGCAGCGCUCCAAGAGCGGCCAGCCAGCAUGAUCGCGUGCGGGUACAGCCACACAUGCGUUGUGCUCGAAGACGGCAAGCUGUUCACCUUCGGCUACAACCACCAGGGUCAACUUGGCCUCGGUCACACCGACAGCGUCUCGUCGCCGAUGCAGGUGGAGACACUCCGGAACGUCAAGGUUGUGAAGAUUUCGUGCGGCACUCACUUCACUUGCGUCCUCUCUGAGAGCGGAGAGCUGUGGAGCUUCGGCUGCAACUGCCAUGGCCAGCUCGGGCUGGGCGACUCGACCGACCGGCUCGUUCCUGUGCUCGUUCCCAGCAUGACCAAGAAGAACCUGUCGGAGAUUGCCUGCGGUUUUCAUCACCUGGUUGCGAUAUCGGGG